CUUCCCCCUCUCUUUCUCCUCUCUUUCUUCCCUCCUCCGGCCGCCGUCUCCCCGCGCCCGGCCGGGCGGGGGGCGCUGGGCAGGCCGCCCGCCGGAGGGCGAGGGCUCGGUGUCAAUUUUUCCCCCCGGUUUUUUUUUUUUUUGUGUGUGUGUGUGUGUGUGGCCGCGGCGGGCGGGCGGCCAGCGGGGACACCCCAGCGAGGGACAGCCAUGGAUGGCCCGACUCGGGGCCAUGGACUCCGCAAAAAGCGGCGGUCGCGAUCGCAGCGAGACCGGGAGAGGCGCUCCCGGGGCGGACUGGGGGGCGGCGCGGCCGGCGCUGGCGGGGCCGGCCGGACCCGGGCGCCCUCGCUCGCCUCCUCGUCGGGCUCCGACAAGGAAGACAAUGGAAAGCCCCCGUCCUCCGCCCCGUCCCGGCCCAGACCCCCGCGGAGGAAGCGGAGGGAGUCCACCUCGGCCGAAGAGGACAUCAUUGAUGGAUUUGCCAUGACCAGCUUUGUCACUUUUGAAGCGCUGGAGGAGGAGGAAGACCCAGCUUUAAAAUGCAUGAGGCAGAACACCAAUCUUUACUUAAGAUCAAGAAAGGCAGCUGUGUACAAGAAAGAUGUAGCACUUAAGCCUCAGGAACGUGUGGAGAAACGUCAGACUCCCCUGACCAAGAAGAAACGAGAAGCACUUACCAACGGUUUGUCCUUUCAUUCAAAGAAGAGCAGACUCAGCCACCCACACCACUAUAGUUCCGAUCGAGAAAAUGACCGCAACCUCUGCCAGCACCUUGGGAAGAGAAAGAAGAUGCCUAAGGGACUCAGACAGCUCAAACCAGGACAGAACAGCUGCAGGGACAGCGACAGCGAGAGUGGCAGCGGGGACUCCAAGGGCUUCCACCGGAGCAGCUCCCGGGAGAGGCUCAGCGACAGCUCGGCUCCUUCCAGCUUGGGGACAGGCUACUUCUGUGACAGUGACAGCGACCAGGAAGAGAAGGCAUCGGAUGCUAGCUCCGAGAAACUCUUCAACACUGUUCUUGUAAACAAAGACCCCGAGCUGGGAGUUGGCACAUUGCCUGAGCGUGGCGGCCAGGAUGCCGGGCCCAUUGUCCCGAAGAUAUCAGGCCUAGAGAGGAGCCAGGAGAAGAGCCAGGACUGCUGCAAAGAGCCAGUCUUCGAGGCCCCGGUGCUCAAAGACUCCUGUCCUCCGGUCCCGCCAGCCCGGCCCCAGCCCCCGGCCGAGCCCUCGCUCCGGCCACCAUCGCGGGACCCCAACGUGCAGCGCGCCGAGGCCACGCCCCAGCCUCCUCCUCCUGCCUCACAGCCUCCACAGGGACCCCCGGAGGCCCAGCUGCAGCCGGCCCCACAGCCUCAGGUGCCCCGGCCCCCAAGGCCCCCAUCCCCUGCCCAGCUGCCACACCACAGCCUUCCAGUGGUGCCGGCCCACCCAGCCCAGAGCCUGGCCCAGCCGCUGUCCGCCUACACCAGCAGCAGCCUGAGUGUCAAUAGUUUAAGCAGCAGCAGGAGCAGCACUCCGGCGAAGACCCAGCCCGCCCCUCCGCACCUCUCCCACCACCCUCCUGCCUCCCCCUUCCCACUGUCCCUGCCCAACCACAGCCCCCUGCACAGCUUCACGCCCACCCUCCAGCCCCCCACACACCCGCAUCACCCCAAUAUGUUUGCCCCACCCACGGCUUUGCCUCCUCCACCGCCGCUGACGUCAGGGAGCCUGCCGGUGCCCGGACACGCAGCCGGGGGCACCUACUCAGAGCAAGACAUCCUGCGGCAGGAACUGAACACACGCUUCCUGGCGUCGCAGAGUGCUGACCGUGGUGCUUCCCUGGGCCCCCCGCCCUACCUGCGGACCGAGUUCCACCAGCACCAGCACCAGCACCAGCACACCCACCAGCACACGCACCAGCACACCUUCACGCCGUUCCCCCACGCCAUCCCGCCCACCGCCAUCAUGCCCACGCCAGCACCUCCCAUGUUUGACAAAUACCCCACCAAGGUUGACCCCUUCUACCGGCACAGUCUCUUCCAUUCGUACCCACCCGCAGUGUCCGGCAUCCCCCCCAUGGUCACGCCCGCUGGCCCCUUCGGCUCCCUGCAGGGAGCCUUCCAGCCCAAGACAUCCAACCCCAUCGACGUGGCAGCCCGGCCUGGGACCGUCCCACACACCUUGCUCCAGAAAGACCCAAGACUGACAGAUCCUUUCAGGCCCAUGCUGAGGAAACCUGGGAAGUGGUGCGCCAUGCACGUGCACAUCGCCUGGCAGAUUUACCAUCACCAGCAGAAAGUGAAGAAACAGAUGCAGUCAGACCCACACAAGCUGGAUUUCGGCCUAAAGCCCGAGUUCCUGAGCCGCCCGCCCGGCCCCAGUCUCUUUGGAGCCAUCCACCAUCCCCACGACCUGGCACGGCCUUCCACUUUAUUCUCUGCCGCUGGUGCUGCACAUCCGGCCGGGACCCCGUUCGGACCGCCCCCCCAUCACGGCAACUUCCUUAACCCUGCCGCUCAUCUGGAGCCCUUCAACCGCCCAUCCACGUUCACCGGCCUGGCCGCAGUCGGGGGCAACGCCUUCGGAGGACUCGGGAACCCCUCCGUCACUCCCAACUCAGUGUUCGGCCACAAGGAUGGCCCCAGUGUGCCGAGCUUUAGCCCUCAUGAGCCCUGGAACCGGCUGCAGCGGACGCCCGCGUCGUUCCCGACCCCUCCGCCCUGGCUGAAGCCAGGGGAGCUGGAGCGCAGCGCGUCUGCUGCAGCUCAUGACAGAGAUAGAGACAUAGAUAAACGAGACUCAUCUGUUAGUAAGGAUGACAAAGAAAGGGACGGCGCCGAGAAGAGGCCACCCGGACACCGCUCACCCGCGCCCGCCCCGCCGGGCGCCCCGGGCCACGCCAGGGCCCACGCGACCCCGGAGGCCCGUGACAAGGCCCGGGAGCCCGCGGAGCCACGCCGGGAGCCGGGUGAGCUGAAGGCCAAGGAGGCGCCGGCGCCCGAGCGCGGUGACCCGGGCGAGGACAAGCGGCCGCCGUCGCCCUUCGCACGCCCCGACGCCCGGCCGGGCAGCAGCAGCGCGGGCCGCGAGGCGGAGGCGCCACGCCGCGGCCCCGAGGUGCGGGUGAAGGAGGAGCGGCGCGAGGACCCCGAGCCGCCCGAGCCCGCGCCCCCGCGGCAGGCCGAGCCCCCCGCCGGCCCCGCAGCGCCGGGCGGGCCCGCACCCGCGCCCGGCGCGCACCUGGGCGGCCUGGACCGGACCCGCAUGGUGACACCCUUCGUGGGGCUCAGCCCACUGCCUGGCGCCGAGCGCUUCCCGUACCCCGCCUUCCACUGGGACCUGCGCGAUCCGCUGCGCGACCCGUACCGCGAGCUGGAGCUGCCGCGCCGCGACCUGGGCCGCGACUUCCUGCUGCCUCGGCUGCCACCGCGGCUCUACGAGGCCGAGCGCUUCCGGGACCGCGAGCCGCACGACUACGGCCACCACCACCACCACCACGACCCACGGCGCGAGCCCGACGCGCGCCCCGCCGACGAGCGCCUGCACCUGCUGCGCGGCGACGACUUCGAGCCGCCGCGGCUGCACGCGCUGCCCCCGGGCGCGCUGCCCCCGGCGCUGGACGCGCACCUGGCGCCGCCCGGGCUGCUGGCGCCGGGGCUGCCGGGCCUGCACUACCCGCGCCUGAGCCCCGCGGCCGCGCCGCAGGCCGCGCUGCUCCCCAAGACGCCUCCCGCCGCCGCGCUGAGCGCGCCGCCGCCGCUCGUGUCCGUGUCCGCGCUGGGCGGCGCGCGCCCCGGCUCCCCGCGCAGGACUACGCCGCUGCCGCCCGACGCCCGGGACCGGCCGCCCUCGCACGCGCUCAAGGACAUCGAGGCCCGGUGAGGGAGACCCGGGACGGACCCCACUGCGCCCCGCGGACCGACCGCGCGGGCCCGGAGAGCCCUGCGCCCCACCCGCCACCGCCCGUGGACAGCAGCCCGCCGCGCUGACCGGACCCCAGGAGGCCGCGCGGAGGAGGCCGGCGCCCCUCCGGGGAGGAGGCCUGUACAUACGGUUCAUAUAUGCAAAAGGGUUAGAAGAAAGCUUUACUUUGUAUAAAAUGUAAAUAGGUUUAAGAAAAAAAAAAAAAAGAUUAACAUUAUACAUGAAUACUUAAAAAUGUGCUAUUUGCCGACCGAAUAUCCGAGCGAGACCCUUCAGCUAAACCCUUCAACUAUGCAAUGAAUGUCGGGGCUCCCCGGAGCCCCCCGACUCCGCCGAGCCUUUCAGACUCAUCUACCACAUGCUUAAGGUCAUAGCGCUUGCUGCGAACAACUCUUCCUCGCUUUCUUUCUUUUCCUUUCCCGGCGGAGAAGCACCCGGUUUUCCGCGGCGGCCCCUCCAGGCUGUAUCUUUCGUGUCUGGAUCUGUGGAGUCUUGGGGAGGUGUACCCCCCAGGAGGUGACCCCAGGAUGGGGGCAGCCAGGGCGGGGCGAGAGGGGGCGCCCAUCCCCUCCACCCCGGGGCUCCCCGGGGUGCUGGGCCCCUACCACGUGCAGAGGAGUCCCGAGUCUUCUCGGAGGGUGGGUGUGAUCACACACACACACAGACACACACACACACUGCAGGUAAUGAGGAAUCUCAGAUCCACGUUUCUUGGGGUGAAGAUGAAGUCUGCUCAGGAGAGCAGGUCAGCCUCGGGGCGCUAUGGAGAGUAUCACCGGGGUGGGUGGCAGAGAAAAAAUUUUAAAAAAGUGUCGUGUGCGCGUGUGUUUUUUGAGUUUGCAUCAAUUUUCACGUCUCUUCGUGAUCUUUUAUAAUUCACUAAGCCUCUUGUCUACAUAUUUGAGAGAAAAUGACUUUUAGUAGCAGAGAAAUAGAAUAUAUCUUGUCUACCGGAUUGUAAAAUAACAUGUAUGAAAUAAAAUUCCUUCCAUUGGUC